UAUGACACGAUCCUGACACAUUGAAAUCAAAUCAAAUUCAAAGCAAAGUCUCGAAAAUGGCUGACUCGGGGCCUAGUAAAAGUGAUAUCGAAGCAGUGUUUCAAAGGCUACGAGCGAUUCCUUCCAACAAAGUAUGUUUCGACUGCAACGCCAAAAAUCCUACGUGGUCGUCGGUGACGUUUGGCGUCUUCAUCUGUCUGGACUGUUCAGCGGUGCACCGUAGCCUGGGCGUGCACAUCACUUUCGUGCGCUCCACGCAGCUCGACACCAACUGGACAUGGAAGCAGCUCAGGAAUAUGCAGCUCGGCGGCAAUGUAAACGCAACACAAUACUUUCGCACGCACGGCUUGUCAACCGAUGAUGCUCGCCAAAAGUACAGCUCACGGGUUGCACAGAUGUACAGAGACAAGUUGAACGCUUUGUCUGAACAAGCAAUGAAAAUACAUGGUACAAAGCUUCAUCUGGAGCCGUCUGCGCCAGAGACGAAAGAAAAGGAGAAGUCGGAGCAGGAGGUAGACUGGUUUGCGCAGCACGCAGACAACCUUGCCACUAAUACUAACCAGCUAAGCCUUGAUGCACAGAAGUCGGCGGACAGCCUGAGUUCGGAGGCGCGGUUGUGGGGCGCAGGGGCGGGGUCUGAAGCCCCGCCCGCCAGGAGCGGCAAGCCCGCGCCACGCCGCACAGGGAUGGGCGCGCGGAAAGGCGGCCUGGGCGCUACUAAAGUGGCAGCUAAUUUUGAAGAUAUUGAACGGGAGGCCAUCAUGGCGGAGAAACUAAAAAUGGAGGCGGCGGAGGGGUCGCGUGCGGCGACGCUGGAGUGCGUGUCUCGGGAGGCGGCGCGCCUGCAGGUGGGGGGCGGGGCCAGUGGGGGCGGGGGCGGGGCGCGCGCCGGCUCAGACAGGCUGGGCAUGGCGGCCGUGCGAGCCCCCGCCCACCACGGCGUCUCGCACUCCGCCCUCGCCGACAUGACCGUCAUCGAGCAGGAGGACGCGCCCGCGCCGCGCUCGCAUCUCGACGAUAUGGACGACUUUAACUCCGUAUUCACGAUGAUCAGGAACGAGCCGUACAGCAUGAGCCGCGGGAUGGACGGCGAGCGCGAGUCGCGCAUGGACUCGGGCUGGGAGCGCAUAGAGCCGGAGCCGGCGCGCGCGGUGCGCACAAUGUUCGACAACCCCAAGCCCGCGCCGGCCGCCGCCCCUUCAUUCGCUAACAGUACGGGCGUCGGCCGCGCGCGCAGCGCCAAGCCCGAACCCGAGGACGACUCCGCCGUCAAGAAGUUCGGAUCCGCCAAGUCCAUCAGCUCCGCGCAGUUCUUCGGUGACCAGGAGUCGCGGUGGGAGCGGGACUCGAACCUGUCGCGUUUCCAGGGCAGCUCGAGCAUCUCGUCCGCCGAGUACUUCGGGGAGACGCGAGCGCCGCGCCCGCAGGGCUUCGCCGUUUCCGCCCCGGACCUCGACGAGGUGCGGGAGUCUGUACGCGCGGGUGUGACGCGGGUGGCGGGCCGGCUGAGCUCGCUGGCCAACGGCGUCGUCUCCUCCAUACAGGAGCACUACGGCUACUGACACGGACCCCACACCGCCCCCACCCCCACCCCCACACCCACACUACCACCCUACACACAUUAAUAUC